CAUCCAUGGAAACUUCAAUCUCCUACUACCUUUGGCUCUUCAUUGUCUUUCUUUACCUCCUCAGGAAGCAUUUUCAGAAAACUAACAAAAGACUCCCACCAAGCCCUUCUCUUUCCUUUCCCAUCAUAGGUCAUCUCUACCUCUUCAAGAAACCUCUCCACAGAACGCUUGCAAAACUAUCUGAAAAAUAUGGUCCAGUUUUAUACCUUAAACUUGGAUCCCGCCCGGUUCUUAUUGUAUCCUCACCAUCUGCUGCUGAAGAAUGCUUCACCAAAAACGACAUCUCUUUCGCAAACCGCCCUAAACUGCUUGCUGGCAAACACCUUGGAUGUAACUAUACCACGGUUAUGUGGGCACCCUAUGGCUCUCACUGGCGCAACAUGAGACGCAUAGCUUCCAUUGAGCUAUUGUCCUCCAGCCGCCUUCAGAUGUGUCAUGGCAUACGUGCAGAUGAAGUUAGGUCACUAAUUUGCAAGCUUUUUCGAGGGUCUAAUGGUGGUGAGUUUCACAUUGUGGACAUGAAGACAACGUUUUUUGAGCUGACUCUUAAUGUCUUGAUGAGAGUGAUUGCUGGGAAGAGAUACUACGGGGAAGACAUCGCAGAUUCCAGUGAAGCUAAGAGAUUUGAACAACUUGUGAAAGAGAGCGUUCACUUGACUGGGGCUAACUAUAUUGGAGAUUAUUUGCCAGUUUUGAAGUACGUUGGAUCUGGUAGCCUUGAAAAAAGGUUGGUGAAAUUGCAAAAGAAGAGGGAUGAGUUCAUGCAAUCUCUGAUCGAAGAACGCAGAAAAGUGCAGGGUGGCUGUGUUUCUGAACAGAAGAGCAAGACCAUGGUGGAUGUCUUGCUGUCACUGCAGGCAACUGAACCUGAAUAUUAUACUGACGAAAUCAUAAGAGGCAUGAUGCAAAUCAUGUUAACAGCAGGAACUGACACCUCAGCUGGUAACAUGGAGUGGACUCUGUCACUGUUACUCAACAACCCAGAAGCCCUAGCAAAAGCACAGACAGAAAUUGAUACCAAAAUUGGACAAAGCAGGCUAAUUGUGGAAUCAGACCUUGCUAAUCUCCCCUAUCUCCAUUGCAUCAUACGUGAGACCCUCAGAAUGUACCCACCAGCCACAAUUCUGCAUGAGUCAUCGGAAGACUCCACCGUCGGAGGGUUCAACGUUCCUCGUGGUACAAUGCUUAUAAUGAACGCAUGGGCGAUACAUCAUGAUCCUAAGUUGUGGGAACAGCCUGAACAAUUUAAGCCGGAGAGGUUCCAAAUUGAACAAGAAGAAAGAGAUGGUUUCAAGUACAUGCCAUUUGGGACAGGAAGGAGAGGCUGUCCUGGGGAAGGGUUAGCCAAUCGGAUUGUAGGGCUGGCCAUAGGGUCAGUCAUUCAGUGUUUUGAAUGGGAGAGAAGUGGUGAGGAGAUGGUGGACAUGACUGAAGGGACUGGCCUCACAAUCUUUAAAGCUCAUCCUUUGCUAGCAAAAUGCAGGCCGCGCCAAACAAUGCUGCCCUUCCUUUCUCAACUCUAGCUAACAUUAUCUCUUUGGUUUUCCGGGCUUGUUAUGUUUUCAAAUGCUAUUAAAUAAGUUCAAGGUUGGUUCUGUGUUUCGUAUACGAAACAUUUCAGAGUAUAUAUGUAUGGUUGGCAGCUUGUAGCUUUCUCUGUUGAUUCACCAUGAGGGGCAAUUGGUUUUGAUUUGAGAUUUUAGUC